AUGUACGACGACCUUCUCCGCCUGGAGCUGUUCGGGACGCGUGCGGACAUCAUCGGGUUUGCUGACGAAGUGACGUUCACCCUCCUUGGACGGGACAAGCAGGACAUCAGCGCUCUUGCUACGAGGAACCUGGAGACGAUCGAGCGUUGGAUGGGAGGAGUGAGAUUGCGGCUGGCCCAUCAUAAGACCGGCUACGUGAUCUUUUGCACCCAUCACACCCCGCAGGGCAUGGGUUCCUGCGGAGCUACUUCGUCAACAAAGGUAUUCUGGAGGGCUCGCCUAACUGCCCGGUGUGUGAACAUGACGUGGAAGAUGUCGACCACGUGA